GGUUAUCAGCACGUGUUAGCGGGGAGUCGGCGCGUUAGAUCAGAGUAUCAUUGCUAGGUUUCGCGUCACGUAAGGAAACAGCGAAAUCCAAAGAUUGAUUUUCAGGCACGACAGCGACUUUUCCCCUGAAAUAUGCCUGCCGCUUGACAUGCCCUCGGCGCUAUGAGUCAUAUCGAUUAUUCUCAAUACUUUAAAAAUGACGGCCUCCGCCAGUAUUGCCAUGUCUAUGGACGUCCCCCAAGAUCAAAAUACAGCUCCAGUCCUCGAAUUUCGUUGCCUCUAUACAGCUGAUACCCGUCGAAAACAGAAGCGUUGGCAAGAUGGCCGACUCAAAUAUCACACUUUCAAUAAGCGUGUCAUGGUGUUUGACGAAAGAUCAAAUUUAGUAGGAGAUGCACAUUGGCGCGAAAAAGCACCACUUGAUGAAGGGGCCGAGUUGGAGUUGGAAAGAAAUGGAAUAUUAGUCGAAGUAUCGGAAUUCAUAGAGAAGAAGGACCAAGAUCUUACCGAACUCAUCGAUAAGAGAGUUAGAGAGAGGGAGGAGAGAUUUAUUGCAAGAAAUGGAGACUCAUCACCAGCACGAUCCUCAGCAUCUGUUAUUCGGUCGCAAACUAUUGCUGCAGCUCAUCUAAAGCCGAAACCACUCAACUCUAUACUCGGCACACCUUCCGGUCAUUAUGGAAAGGCACUUGUGUCAAAAACAUCUCCAUUCGAACAACGGCAGAUAUUAAACGCUAGAAAUGCUAGCGAAGCCGAAAGCCCUAGGCCUACAAAAAGAAGAAAGGCAAAUGAGCCGCCACCCAAAAAUGGAUUUGCGCAAAAUCUUAUGGGGGCUACUUUGUCAUUCACGCCAACACCAUCGAGAACGGGACCUAUACGAUAUGAUUCUUUAAAGCUAAAGACAGUCCAGCGACCAGAUAUUAACGAUACCAAAAAAAACGGGGACCAUAAUGAAGACAUCUUGUCAAACGGAAGACAGGGUUUGGCAGACCACACCACUAGGGAUGUGAAUUCCUCUAAAAGUCGAAUACAAGCAAGAAAGAGAGAUAAGCCCGAAAAAAGUGGAUAUGCUAGCAACCUUACUGGAGCAUCUCUGUCGCUUUCGUCGUUUCGCGAAGCUACGCCCAGAAAUAUAGAAAGAAAUGUAGUCAUGCAGAAGAACCAACCGAAAACAAUCGACUUGUCAAUGGAUACAAGCUCUGAUGAAGAUGACCGCCCAGUUAUAGUGACAAAGCCGAGAGAAUUUGCCCGGGAGAAGAUAUUUGUACCCAAAAUAUCUGAGCAGACAGCGCGAUUAUCAUCCCCGCCAUCAGAAAUCACACCAGUACCUAAACCAGUAGCAAAAGUACCAAGUACAAGGCAAGAGUCUCAUAAAAAUGCUUCGCAACUGAACAAGCCACAGGAAAGAUCUCACUCGUCUCUACGUAUCAAGUCUCGCCCACGCAAUAAGAUGUUGCUGUGUAUGGAUCAACUCAGCCCUCGGCCUUCUCCAUUACAGGGAGCCAGCGGAUCAAUAAAGUUAGAUUCCAUGAUUCAUCCAGCGAUACCAUCUUCUAGCACCCAAUCCGUCCAAUUGACACUAGAAAAAGAGGCCACCAGAUCCACCGAGCUAGACGCUGUCUUGCCAGCAGUGAGGUCAUCUUCGCCUCGCAGGCCGUCGAUUGAUAUUGAUGCAGGUAACAAUUCGGUAAAUGAAGAUCGAAUUGAUGGACCACAAAUGUCAGAAUUUCCGGGUGGUCUAAGAUUUAGUGAUCUCGAAGAGCCUCCGUUCUCUCCGGGAAACAUUGGCAUCGAUCAUCCAACAAUAGAUGCGAUUCUGUGUCGUACUCGUCCGCCAGAGGCUCAGAAAUCUAUACCCAUGGUCGCGUCAGCUACGAGAGAAGAUCGAGAAUGUUCAGUAAUUAAACAAAAAUCUCACUCAAAGAACACCAAAGAGACAUCCGGACAGUCUGGCUUAGAGCAUCUUUCGGCCUUGAAAAAGAAGAUUUCUUGGGUGACCGAACAGACAACUCAAGAUCGUGAACCUAUGUUACAAACAUCACCCGAGUAUCUACCCGAGACGUCAAAAACUACCCGGAAGCAACCCAGAAAUUCUACUGGCCUGCAUAAGGGCGCUGCUUUGGAUCAAGUCUCAAUAACUGAAAAUGCCGAGACGCGUUUAGGAUCCAAUGUGUCACCUUUAGUUACAGCAAAUAAUACGACAGCAAUUUCUAACUGUAUCUACAAACCUAAUCCACCCGAUAACGAUUCUAUUAUAACAUCGCGCCCAGCAGAAAAGAUAACCUCUGCGUCAUGCGCCCUUCAACACAACUUGGCGGUUCCAGAAACUGCGACGCAUCCCAAUUCCGAUAUUACGAGCAAAAAUGAUUCCAAUGUUUUGGCACCAAACGCUGCUGUUGCACUUGGAAUGCGCUCGAACGUGAUCGACUCGGAUAAGAUUUUAGUAGGCAUGACAUCUAAUGGUUCUACUUUCAAUGCGACUGGCCGCUUCAUGACCAAACUAGUACCGACACAAAAUCAGCAUCAAGUGGAGAGGUCCCCGGUCAAGACGAAUUCCAGCCUGAUUGACCAAACUGCGGCUCUCCUUACAGCGGCACAAUCUCCCAAUGUCGAAAUCAAGCAAUCACCAAGCUCAAUUCCAGCCAUUUUUUCCGUCGAAGAAACAAGAAAUGAUGAAACCAGUGGAUUCGUAUCGGCAAAUCAGAUAGUAGAGAAAGAAACACAAAAUCGUACUGCAGAGGCCUCCACUUCUGGGGAUCAGGGCCCUUCACGGCCUAGACUCAUUAACCCCGCAACUCGUGGAAUGUCAAUUCAAAAGACUGCCAAGAGAACCCUACACGCACUAUCUCCACCUGUCAAUCAAAUGGGUCCUCCCGCUUCCGAGGCCUCCAGGAACGGCCGCGGGAGGAACACUACGAACGACAGUUCAGGGAAUUCAGGGAAUGAAAGAGGCGUCAAAGGGCCAUGGAGCAGAGAAUCCUUUGAUUUGUUUGGGUCGUGGAGGCCUCCCAUACAGCAGUCGUGAAGAACCGUGUUAUCUGUGCCUUAUCUCUUGCCCCACCAGACUUUUAAGACUAUCUACUUAUCUAAUGAACCCAUGGAGUAGCCAUUUCGUCCUGACGUCAAACGCCGAUUGUCAAAUGAGAAUACUCUUUUUAAAGCUAUGAGCUUCUAUCUGCCAACCGCAUUCACGAGGUUACCUCCAGUGCGUGACGAACCGAGGAGGUAGCAAAAGCUCGUAUGACCUGGGAACUCUUGGGCACUGUUGCUUUAAGGGCGUUGAUAGGGCAGCCUUCUACGUUUCAAACUGCACAGUCGUGUCUCCUCCACAAAAUAACAAAUUACUUCGCCACACAAGUAGUUGUCGCCGCUUUUCGUUUGAAUAAACGCUACAUGUAUCGGGUAUCGUGAUCCUGCCUCGUACCUAGGAAUCGGAUUGAGACUUAUUAGCUAUCUUACGGUUGAA